AAACCCUCAAAACCUCCUAGUUUCAUAAACCCUACUCGUGGAACCAAAACAAAAACCAGAGCAUCUUCCAGUUCAACUCACUUCCGUCGCCCUCUCUCUCUCUCUCUCUCUCUCUCUCUGCUUAUCUGGUCGUUCUCUAUGGAGAGUGAAGGGGCACCGUUUCAGAAGGACAGAGUGAGGAAGAAGGUGGACGAGCGCAUUCGGACCCUCAUUGAGAAUGGUGUCAAAACCAGGCACCGCUCUAUGUUCGUCAUCAUUGGCGACAAGUCCCGCGACCAGAUUGUGAACCUUCACUAUUUGCUAGGCAAGGCAGCAACAAAGUUCAAACCUACUGUAUUGUGGUGCUACAAGGACAAGCUUGACAUAAGCAGCCACAAGAAAAAACGUGCAAAGCAGAUGAAGAAACUAUUGCUGAGGGGGCAGCUCGAUCGUGAUAAAGUUGAUGACUUUUCUCUUUUUCUUGAAACUGGGGGAUUAACAUACUGCUUGUAUAAGGAUUCUGAAAGAAUUCUUGGUAAUACCUUUAGGAUGUGUAUACUUCAGGAUUUUGAGGCUGUGACUCCAAAUCUACUUGCAAGAACAAUAGAGACAGUGGAGGGUGGGGGAUUAGUUGUAUUAUUGCUUCGAUCUCUAUCUUCACUUACCAGUCUGUACACCAUGGUCAUGGAUGUUCACGAGAGGUUUCGAACCGAAUCCCAUUCUGAGGCUGCUGGACGCUUUAAUGAGCGCUUCUUAUUAUCACUUGCAUCUUGCAAGACAUGUGUAGUAAUGGAUGAUGAAUUAAACAUUUUACCAAUUUCCUCUCAUAUAAGGUCGAUUAGACCAAUUCCUGUUAAAGAGGACUCUGGAGGGCUAUCAGAAGCAGAACAGGACCUUAAGAAUCUGAAAGAACAACUGAAUGAUGAUUUUCCAGUCGGCCCAUUGAUACAGAAGUGUUGUACAUUAGACCAGGGAAAAGCUGUCAUUACAUUUCUUGAUUCAAUCCUGGACAAGACACUUCGAAGUACUGUGGCCUUACUUGCUGCUCGUGGCCGUGGUAAAUCAGCUGCACUUGGUUUGGCAAUUGCCGGUGCUGUUGCUGCUGGGUAUUCAAAUAUCUAUGUAACUGCACCCAGUCCUGAGAAUUUAAAGACCUUGUUUGAAUUUGUUUGCUAUGGUCUCAAGGCACUUGAAUAUAAGGAGCAUUUAGAUUUUGAUGUGGUGAAAAGUGCAAACCCUGAAUUCAAGAAAGCAACUAUUCGGAUCAAUAUCUACAAGCAACACAGACAAACUAUCCAGUACAUACAGCCUCAUGAACAUGAAAAGCUUUCUCAAGUUGAGUUGUUGGUUAUUGAUGAGGCAGCAGCUAUUCCGCUGCCAAUUGUGAAGUCAUUGCUUGGCCCCUACCUGGUUUUCCUUUCAUCUACUGUGAAUGGCUAUGAAGGUACUGGUCGAUCAUUGUCAUUAAAACUUCUGCAGCAAUUAGAAGAGCAAAGCCAGGCGUCUGCUAAGAGUGUAGAGGGUUCUCUUUCUGGUCGUCUUUUCAAAAAGAUAGAACUGAACGAAUCUAUCAGAUAUGCUUCUGGGGAUCCAAUUGAAUCGUGGCUUCAUGGUUUACUUUGCUUGGAUGUUACAAAUUCCAUUCCAAAACUUAAUGGAUUACCUCCACCCAGUGAAUGUGACCUUUACUACGUUAAUCGUGAUACGCUUUUUUCCUAUCACAAAGACAGUGAGUUGUUUUUGCAGCGGAUGAUGGCGCUGUAUGUUUCCUCUCAUUACAAAAACUCUCCUAAUGAUUUACAAUUAAUGGCAGAUGCUCCAGCACACCACUUGUUUGUAUUACUUGGCCCUGUUGAUGAGUCUAAAAAUCAACUUCCGGAUAUUUUGUGUGUCAUUCAGGUCUGUCUUGAGGGACAGAUUUCUCGUAAAUCUGCAAUCAGAAGUUUAAGUGAUGGUCAUCAACCCUUUGGAGACCAAAUACCCUGGAAAUUUUGUGAGCAAUUCCAGGACACUGUUUUUCCCAGCCUUUCAGGUGCUCGUAUUGUACGAAUAGCUACCCAUCCUAGUGCAAUGAAGCUUGGCUAUGGUUCACAAGCGGUAGAACUUUUGACAAGGUACUUUGAAGGGCAGUUAACUCCUAUUUCUGAGAUGGACUCUGAAGACCUUACACAGAGUUCACCUGUCAGAGUUACAGACGCUGCUCAGAAAGCUUCAUUGCUAGAAGAAAAUAUUAAACCUAGAACAGAUCUACCUCAUUUGCUUAUUCAUCUUCGUGAAAGGCGACCAGAGAAGCUUCACUAUAUUGGUGUCUCCUUUGGCCUUACUUUGGAUCUUUUUCGCUUUUGGAGGAGACAUAAAUUUGCUCCAUUCUACAUUGGCCAGAUUCAAAAUGCUGUGACUGGUGAACAUACUUGUAUGGUCUUGAAACCUUUGAACAAUGAUGAUAUUGAAGGUAGUGGAUCAGAUAAAUGGGGCUUCUUUGAACCAUUCUACCAAGAUUUCAGGCUAAGAUUUACUAGGCUACUGGGUCUUAGUUUUCGUGCAAUGGAGUAUAAGCUUGCUAUGAGCAUCUUGGACCCAAAAAUAAAUUUUGUGGAGGAGCUUGAAUCAGGGAUGUCAAAUGUAGAUAGAUUUAUUACAUCGAUUAAAGAGUUGUUUUCACCUUAUGAUGUGAAGCGACUGGAAGCUUAUACCAACAAUCUUGCUGACUUUCAUAUGAUUUUGGAUCUGGUUCCUAUUCUUGCUCAUGUAUAUUUCCAAGAGAAACUUCCAGUUACAUUAUCAUAUGUCCAGGCUUCCAUUUUGCUAUGCAUUGGCUUGCAGAAUCAAAAUAUUUCCUAUCUUGAGGGGCAACUGAAACUGGAAAGGCAACAAAUAUUGUCACUAUUUAUAAAAGUUAUGAAGAAGUUCUACAAAUAUUUACAGAGUGUUGCAUCCAAGGAGAUUGAGUCGAGCUUGCCUAGAUUAAAAGAAAUUGUGUUAGAACCACAUAAUAUCUCUGUGGAUGAAGAUCUCAAUGUUGCUGCAAAGCGGGUUGAGGAAGGAAUGAGAUCCAAUACAGAAGGAUUAUUCGAUCCUGCCUUUCUACAACAGUAUGCAAUUGUGGAUAAUGAAGCUGAUUUUGAGAGUGCUUUGCAAAAUGGCAGCAGCAAGAUAACAUCAGGUGGUAUUAUUAGUGUGAAAUCCAGUGGAAAUAAAACAGAAAGACAUGGAAUUUCGAAAAACAGUCAUAAGAUUGGGAAGAGAAAUAAAAAUGAUCAAGGUCCCAAGUCAAACAAGAAAAGGAAAUCUUAAUAUUUUGAAGCUAAUGAGAGGCAAAUGGCUUAUGCUGGAUUCUCUUAUGGAAGUAGCUGAAGGUUUUCCUGUCUUCAAAGGGGAGAAUUGAUCGUCAGUUUGACUUUAUAAUGCUCUAACUUAGCACAUUUCAGAAGAACUUGACCGGUCAGCAUAUGCAAAUUUUGGCAUAGUUUUUUAAUGAGGAAAGGGGUGAAAAUCCCCAUAUACAAACUUUGUAAAGGCUAUUUGUAGUGUUGCACCCCUAACAAUAUUAAUAAUUAUAUUUUGCAUUCUAAA